GCUUGGAAGUGCUGACAGAUCAAGGCAACAAAUUUCAAUUACAAGCCCUAAUUUGUGUCCGCAGAGCGUUCGUGCCCCAUGUCAGUCCUGCCUGGCCCGUCAGACGAGGCAGAGCUCGGAGGAGGAGGAGGGGGCGGAACAGCGCCUCUGCAAACGGGACCAGUUUAGGCAAACUUGGCUGAUCCCUGGCACUGGAAAAGCAGGGCGAGGAGCGCCCCGCGCCCCGCGGCUGGGGGAUCGGGAGGGCGGCAGGGAGCGAGGGCCGGGCGCUGCGGCGCGGCUUUGGCCGGGGGCCCGCGGUGUGUCUAUGAGCGGGGUCUAGGGCGGGGAGGGCUGCGCGCCGGGCAUGGCAGAGAAGCGGCGACCCUCGCCCGGCACCGCGAUGAGUCUCAAGGCUCACGCUUUCUCGGUGGAGGCGCUGAUCGGAGCCGAGAAGCAGCAGCACAAGCAGCCGAAGCGGCGCAAGCUGGGCGGCGAGGAGGAGCCGGCGGCGGCGGCGGCAGAAGCGGGCAGCGGCUGCGAAACGGGCUCCUGCGAGGGCGCCGACAUCGCCCCGUUGCAGCCCCACGCUGGGGCAGCGUCGGCGCCUGGCAGGAGCUGCGGCGAGCUGGAGCUGAGCUGCGGCGCCCAGGGACCCGCCGGCAGCUGCGAGGAGAGUUUCCUAGGAGGGUCCCCGCCCGUCUCGCCCGGCGGCUCCCCCAAGGGGUCUAGGGCCGGUUCCCCUCCGCCAACCCCGCAAGUGCCCCGGGUAGAUCUGCAGGGAGCCGAGCUGUGGAAGCGCUUCCAUGAGAUCGGCACCGAGAUGAUCAUCACCAAGGCAGGAAGGCGGAUGUUCCCCGCAAUGAGAGUGAAGAUCUCAGGUUUAGACCCACAUCAGCAAUAUUACAUUGCCAUGGACAUUGUGCCAGUGGAUAACAAAAGAUACAGGUAUGUUUACCAUAGCUCUAAGUGGAUGGUGGCCGGGAAUGCUGAUUCACCAGUACCUCCUCGUGUGUAUAUUCACCCUGAUUCACCCGCCUCAGGGGAGACUUGGAUGAGGCAAGUGAUCAGCUUUGACAAACUGAAACUUACGAACAACGAGCUGGACGAUCAAGGGCAUAUUAUCCUUCAUUCUAUGCACAAAUACCAGCCUCGUGUCCAUGUCAUUCGUAAAGACUGUGCAGAUGAUCUGUCUCCAGUCAAGCCCAUUCCUUCAGGAGAUGGCGUCAAAGCUUUCUCCUUUCCUGAAACCGUUUUCACUACUGUAACAGCAUAUCAGAAUCAACAGAUCACUCGAUUGAAGAUUGACAGGAAUCCAUUUGCUAAAGGAUUCAGAGAUUCUGGACGUAACAGAAUGGGACUGGAAGCUUUAGUGGAGUCCUAUGCAUUCUGGAGACCUUCACUGAGGACACUUACAUUUGAAGAUAUACCUGGGAUCCCCAAACAAGGAAAUGCGGGCUCCUCUACUUUACUCCAGGGACCUGGCAAUGGAGUUCCAUCUACCCACCCUCACCUCUUACCUGGGUCCCCUUGCUCUUCUCCUGCCUUCCACCUGGGUCCCAACACUAGCCAGCUCUGUAGCCUUGCUCCAGCUGACUAUACGGCUUGUGCCCGCUCAGGCUUAACCCUUAACAGAUACAGCACUUCUCUUGCUGAAACCUACAACAGGCUCACAAACCAAACCAGUGAGACCUUUGCACCCCCAAGGACUCCCUCUUAUGUGGGUGUGUCAAGUAGCACAACUGUGAACAUGUCCAUGACGGGCAAUGACGGUGAUGCAUUCAGCUGCCCACAAACCGGUUUAUCUAUGCAGAUAUCAGGGAUGUCUCCACAGCUUCAGUACAUCAUGCCAUCCCCAGCAAGCAAUGCCUUCACCACUAAUCAAACCCACCAAGGCUCUUACAAUACGUUUAGACUACACAGUCCCUGUGCUUUGUAUGGAUAUAACUUUUCCACAUCCCCCAAACUGGCUGCCAGUCCUGAGAAAAUUGUUUCUUCCCAAGGAAGUUUCUUGGGGUCCUCACCAAGUGGAACCAUGACUGAUCGGCAGAUGUUACCCCCUGUGGAAGGAGUUCACUUACUUAGCAGUGGGGGGCAGCAGAAUUUCUUUGACUCUAGGACCCUAGGAAGCUUAACACUGUCAUCAUCUCAAGUGUCUGCACAUAUGGUUUGAUGAAGCUUCUUAAGGAAAAGUACAGUAUGUUUGGUAUCUACGAUGUACUUCUCUUGGAAUACGAAAGGACACAAUGUAGCUUGUAAAAUGUAUAUAUAAUAUGAGAGGAAGUUUCGCUGAGUCGUUUGACUUGCUUGUGGCCAGAUUGUUUUCUGGUUUGAGUUCUGUGGAGUUUGUUGUGGCACAGUCCAUUUAGUUUUCUGGGAUAGUACACUUAGUUGUAUUACACAUUGGAACAUAUGCAACAAAUUAAGCAGGACUUCCUCCCCUUUCGCCCUCCCCCUUUCUUACCCCUUUAAAGAGUGAAAUGACACUUGGGUCUGAAUUAAACAAUACAAACAAAACACAUUUCCUGCAGAACUAGCAAAUUUCCCUGCAGUGUUCAUCCAGUGCUGAGCUGAUGCAGCAAACACAUAGUACAAUGUUCUUCUCUGUUAUAAGAGAUACAAUAGUUAUUUGGACUUCAAGUGUUAAGCAUGCAGAGUCCAGUCUAAAAUAGGGGGAUAGCUAUGGAUUAUCUACAAAGUAAAUGGAAAGAAUAGCAUUCCUUCUCAUGCGAUGCUGUUUCUAGCCUGUCAGUGACAUGGCAUUCUUAUUAGGAUAUUUCAGUGUUAGUCUAGAUUCACCUGAUGUUGUCACAUCAUUGAAAAAACAUAGUGCAAAUCCAAAUUGUGGUGAUAAGAGUAAUUUAAAACAAGCAGUGGAAAGAUCAACUUGUCUUAUUCCUCUGUGCAGAGCGAAUUUUUGGGGAGAUUCAUUUUUGUCAAGGGGAAACACUUGAUACAUUUUUUCCAUAAAUGUUUUCUACUGAAAUUUUCAAUUUUCAAUUGUUUUGCUGGAGAAUAGAAUAUUCUUUGAUUGUUUAAAAAGAAAAUGCAGGUUUAAGUCUUUUAAAAUGUUGCCCAUUGAGUUAAAUUAACAGGCUGAGAAAUUCCAUUAUCAAUUUUACUCUUCUUGUGGGCAAAUUUACUGCCCGCCCUAGAAUCCUAACAAAAGAGUUGUCUGUGCUGGUACUUAGGCCCAAGUUAAACAGGUGACCAAAAUUCUUCCCUCAGAUAUAUGGGGAGUAGAAUGCAGUGGGAGAAGAUGCCCAUGUAACCAGGAGGAAUUUGGAUUAGGAUGGCUAUAGACAACUUCCAUAGUACUGUGCUUAAAGUUUUUAGCAUGGCACCUACAGCCUAUUAUUUCCAUCCCAGUGGGAGUCUUCUUUCUUUCUUGUUCUUUUCUGUCACUACUGCUUUGUUUCUCACUCUUCUCCAUGGAGUUUAGACAGUUCACUUCCUUUAGUAGCUUUUAGCUGGUCAGUAAGUACAGAUGCUCCCCAACUUACGCAAUUGUUCCGUUCCAGAACACCUUGUGUAACUCGAAUUUUGCGGAGAUCGGAAAUGUAUACCCGACCAUUAUGCAAAAAAAAACCCAAAACCAAAAAACUCCUAUUUCUAGCUUACGGAACUUUUUCCCUAAGUGCGGAUUUGCGUAAGUCAGGUCUUGCGUAACCCGGAGAGCGUUUGUACAGAGAUCUAAAUCAAUUCCUAGCAAGGUUCCCAUGGUUCACAGUGAAAUGAGGUACUUUUAUGCCACAAAAGGAAGAUUACUGGCAAACUUCUGCCCUUAGUUACACCAGUGCAUCCUAUUUGCAAUCAAUAUGGUCGCUCAGCUGCACGUUUGGAGAUGUAUUCUGAUCUACACACCUGUCAGAUUUUAGAUCUUACCAACUAUGGAAAAGAUUUUAAUCUUUAAAGAUUGGAGGCCUCAUUCUUUUUACACUAAGCCUCUUAUGCUACCACUUGGGUAGUAUAAAGACAACUUAAAGCGAGUGCAAAGGUAAUGUAAAGACUUUUUAUGGCCAGAGUAGUGUACAGUGACAUAGUGCAAAUGAAAACAAAGCCCUUAGUAGUAUGGUUUUAGAUUUCAACAAAAGCAGCUCAUUGCAUUUCUCAGGGCCACUGUCUGUUUUCUAGCAAACAAUAACUUAGCUGCUUACAUUUUAAGAAAUACUCAUUAUAGCUAAUAUGUUUUCAUUGGGGAUGUGGGGUAAGGGGAGGAAAAACAAUCUCUCCCUUCCCCUUCCUCCCCCCAACAUCAGGGAGGCGUAGGAUGCUUGCCUGGGAGUGAGGAGUCCUAAGUUCAAGAUCUUCCUUAGCUACAGACAUUCUGUGUAACAGUGGGCAAGUCACUUAGGGCCAGACUUUAAAAGGUAUUUAGGUGCCUAGUGGGAUUUUCAAAAGCAUCUUGCGCCUACAGGUGCUUUUGAAAAUCCCAUUAGGCACCUAAAUACCUUUCAAAAUCCAGCCCUUAGCCUCUCUGUGCCACAGUUUCCCAUCUGUAAAAUGGGAUAAUAGCACUUUCCUACCUCACAGGAGUGUUGUGAGGAGAAAUACGUUAAAGACUGUGAGGCACUCAGAUACUACAGUAAUGGGGGGGGGCAUGUAAGUACCUUAGAUAGAUUGUGGAGGUUGGCGUCAGCCCAUCUUUAGCUUUGGAAUUCAGCUUAUCCAUGUCCUUUCAGACAGGUCCCCUAAUGAAGAGUACCAGCAGUACAAUGUGUUCUUUUUUCUACUUCCCGUCCAUGCUUUGUCUUUAAUGUUCAUACUAAAUAAGGAAAUACAGCUUUGUAAAAUGCCUUUAAAUUACAUUUGACAAGGGCCAGAUCUUCAACAAGUGCCAAGUCAAUGGAGCUAUGACAAUUUAAUUUUCAAGAUACUUGUGUCGGCAAUCCCUGUCCUAACAAAAGAUUUGAAAUCCUGCCAUUAUGCAAAGCUUUGAAUGGCUGUAAUGCUCUCUGUACUUUAUGUUUGGAAGGGAUAAGCGGGAGAAUUCUCCAUACAGUGUUUGCCAUCUUAAUGGGGUUGUGGGGAGGAGGGGCUGGUGUGUGAAAUCCUGCAAGACCUUGCUUGGGGAAAUGCCUGUAUAAGGACUGCAGGAGUGUGUGUGUGUGUGUGAGCAGAGAUAAUAUUUGCAUUGCAUUGUAGUGUGUAUGUGCGUGCGCAUGCGUGCAAAUGUGUGGAGAUAGUAUUUGCAUUGUAAUUUGAGAAUUUUUCAGUACCAUUUACUGGUUGCUUUUUCUUCAAGUUAUUUUUAAUCUUAUAAUCUCACAAUAUUGCUUGAAACAUUUCUUCCUUAAACUUCAGUUCAUAUUGUAAAUAGUUAUUGGUGUGUCAUGCCAAAGACUAGCUUUUUAUCAAUAUAGUAAAUGCUAUAUAUGCAUUAUAUCUAUAAUUAUAUAUCUGUAUUUUAUGAAAAUGUCACAGAAAUUAUAUUAAAGUGUGUAUCUAAAAUUUUUUAUUAGAUUUGGAAACUUAAGGGUUGGGGGUGGGGGGUUGUCCACAACUUCAACAAAAACAAAGGAACUUACCAUAGGGUGCACAGACUUAUACAAGUUUGGGAGCAUUCAACUAGCAGACAUUUCUUGUGUGUUUAAAUUUAACUAGCUGCUGGAGAGCCCCCUUGUCAUGUGAAGGUGAAGGCCAUGACAAAUGUUGAGCACAUGAAGAUUCUAAUAGUGAUGGCAGAACAGUGAGGUUUUUAUUUUGGAACACAAGAAUGAGUGGCUUGCAAGGCUGACUAGCUAGUGACAGACCCCUGUUAACGCGACAUACCUGAACGGAUUCCAAAAGGUGUGGUGAUGGGAUGACCUCAGCCUCUCUUUAUCAACCAAAUCUAGGAAAUUAACACUUGCCUGCUACCAAGUGCUUCAGUGAGAGCUUUAGUACCCUGCAGAAUUUCUCUUCAUGCUCUCACUUUGGCCACAAUGUUUGCUUUGCAUAUUCUAAAUGCCAAAAUAAGUUGAUUUCAAAGUCUUUAAGAAUGAGCAUAAUCAAAUGGUUGUACCAUGCUGCUAAUCGACAGGCAUGCAAACAAACACGUCUGAAAAUACUUUUGUGCAUGGUGGUGCCAUUUUUGUACCACAUGGGUAAUCAAUGCAAAGUGGAUACAAAACGCUACCAAAUCAAAAUUGUGAUGUUUUACACACACUUGGGCACUGUUGCAAAUGACUUCACAAGAUACAAGAUGAAACAGAAUCACGCCUGAAGAAUUCAGUCAUAAGUGGGCCAGAUCUGGCCAUACAUGGAUGGAAAACAAGUAAUGAUUAUAGUAAAAAUAUUUCCCCUAUAAGAACUGCAGAACCAGUCCCCAUGUUUUAGAAUUUAUCAACUCGGGGGAGGAAGGAGUACCUGUAAUCUCAUGAUACUGGAGGUAGUUCCAGUAAAGAUAUACUUUGAGCAGUUCCUCAGUGGAAAUGCUUUUCAUCACUAGAAGGAGCCUUGAGAUUUCAUAACCAUAUUAAAGUUUUCAUGUAAAUAUAGUGGACCUAAUUGCUCCUUAUAUUGUAGGAGUGUGGUGGUUUUUUUAAAUGCUGCAGAGUAACUUUCUUUACUAAUUUAUGUAGCAACUUAAACAUAAAAAGACUUUGUCACUGUGCUCUUCUGAAUAUUCCCUCAAACUUUUAUAACAUAAUUAUUCAGGUUUAGUUUAAAGUCCAAGUGUGGAUUUCAAUUAAGUGUAAUUGAGAGAAUUGCUAGUUUUUUUAGACAACCUUUUAAACUUCAUUGACAAAAUGU